AUGGCUCUCGAGAAUGCGAAAUCCUCUAGACCAGUUCGCAUCGCCAACUGCUCUGGUGCCCUCACCGAUCCGGGCAUUUUGAUGUAUAAUCAAGCCAAAUAUGGUCCUGUUGAUGUCAUCACAGGUGAUUACCUCGCAGAAGCGACAAUGGCAAGCAGUGCGAUAGAGCGUGCGCAGUCAAUCGGACCUGGCUGGAUAAAUCCCGCCUUUGAUGGAAUCCAGAUGUCUUUGGAUCUGAUAAACGAAAAGCGCAUCAAGAUAGUUGUCAAUGGCGGGGCAAUGAACCCAAAAGGUCUUGCUGAAAAAGUUCAAGAAGCGAUCAAACUCAAAGGCCUGAAGCUUCGCGUGGGCUACGUCGAGGGAGACAAUUUGAUACACAAAGUCCAUCACCUGAUUUCCAAAUCUCUCGCACAUCUCGAUGGAACGAAUCCGGAUGUCCAAUACACCAAAGACACGGCGUCUUUCUUAGAGUCACCAAGGGAGAUGCCGAUUGUUGCUGCAAAUGCGUACCUCGGCUACCGCGCGAUCAAGAAAGGUCUGGAUGAAGGUGCCGAUAUUCUCAUUUGCGGCCGAGUUUCCGAUGCUUCGCCAGUUAUUGGAGCAGCGGCCUGGUGGUAUAACUGGUCUGAAUCAGAUUUUGAUCAACUUGCCGGAUCACUAAUCGCUGGCCAUCUGAUUGAAUGCUCAACAUAUGUAACAGGCGGCAACUUUGCUGGUGCUUAUAAAUACCCACCGAGCGAUUUCCUGCGACUGGGCUCUGGCAUCGCGGAAGUUCUUCCCAAUGGAGAUUGUGUGGUUACUAAACACGACUCUCUUAACGGAUUUGUUACGCCCGCUACAGUAAAGUGCCAAUUCUUAUAUGAGUUGCAAGGGAACGCCUAUCUCAACAGUGACGUAAAAGCGGACAUUUCCAAAAUAACCGUCACCGAAGAGUCGAAGAAUCGUGUUCUUGUAUCUGGCGUCAAAGGCUACCCGCCUCCACCUACUACAAAGCUCGCCGUCUUUUACCAGGGAGGCUAUCAGUGUGAGCACCUGAUCAAUGCCAGCGGAUAUGCCACGGAUCAUAAAUGGGAUGUCCAAGAGCUACAGAUAAAGGAUACGCUCAAAGAAUGGGGAAUACUGGACAAGUUUGACGUGCUGGAGUUCCAGCGGAUUGGAACUCCGAUGAAGGAUCCAGAUUCACAGUUUGCUUCCACCACGUAUAUGCGCGUGUUUGCGCAGUCGAAAGAUGUACACGUGUUGAGUAGAUUGCACUUGGCUUGGUUUCACCAAUUCAUGUCUCAUUUUCCAGGCAUGCAUUUCUCCAUGGACUUUCGCCCACUGGCACCGAAACCGUUCUUUGCUUACUACCCGGCCGUUGUCUCUCAAGAUGAGAUUAAAGAAACUGUUACGAUACUGGGUGACGCCUCAACCGAAGAGGCGCUUUGCUUUCCUAUCCUCCCACCGAAUAAGACAGAGCCGCUGGCACCCCGAGAAAAUUACGAAACGGUAGAUCCUGUAGCCCUAGAGAGCUUUGGCGCGACCGUCAAUCGCCCUUUAGGCGAUCUCGUUCUUGCUCGUUCAGGCGAUAAAGGUGGCAACGUAAACAUCGGCCUAUUCGUGGACUCGCCCGAGCAAUGGGAAUGGUUUCGCUCCUUCAUGACCAAAGACAGGCUUCGUUCAUUGAUGAGGAAGGAUUGGAAAGACUGGUACUUUCUCGAGAGAGUCGAGUUUCCAAACAUCUAUGCCGUCCAUUUUGUGAUUUACGGGUCUUUGGGCAGAGGGGUUACCAGCACCAGCUUGUUGGACAACUUGGGCAAGGGAUUUGCAGAAUUUAUCAGGGCAGUUCAUGCUGAUAUUCCGCAGAGAUUUUUUGGUGAGAGUAUUUGA